CUAAAAAUAACGUUUCUCUUUUCUCUCUGGAAAAUUUUCUCUGAGAAAAUCCCGCGAGAAAAUUUACACCUCCUGCUGCAAAUGUCGAAUUUCUUGACUAACACUAAUUCAAACCCUAAUAAGUCCUUUGAGGUGAAUCAGCCUCCAACUGAUUCUGUCUCCAGUCUCAGUUUCAGUCCCAAAGCGAACCUCCUCGUGGCCACUUCCUGGGACAACCAGGUUCGAUGUUGGGAGGUAGCACGGAAUGGGAUAAAUAUUGCCACUGUGCCCAAGGCUUCUAUAACGCAUGACCAUCCGGUUUUGUGUUCUAGUUGGAAGGAUGAUGGCACAACUGUCUUCUCUGGUGGAUGUGACAAGCAAGUGAAGAUGUGGCCUCUGUUGUCUGGAGGCCAACCAAUGACUGUCGCCGUGCACGAUGCCCCCAUCAAAGAAAUUGCUUGGAUUCCUGAGAUGAACCUUUUAGUCACGGGAAGCUGGGACAGGACUAUGAAGUACUGGGAUACAAGGCAGUCAAAUCCAGUGCACACCCAACAACUCCCAGAGCGCUGCUAUGCAAUGACAGUGAGACAUCCUCUGAUGGUUGUUGGCACUGCUGAUAGAAAUCUUAUUGUUUAUAACUUGCAAAAUCCCCAGGUUGAAUUCAAGCGAAUUGUUUCCCCCUUAAAGUAUCAGACAAGGUGCCUUGCUGCAUUCCCUGAUCAACAAGGUUUCUUGGUGGGAUCUAUUGAAGGGAGAGUGGGGGUGAAUCAUUUGGAUGAUAGUCAGCAGGGUAAAAACUUCACAUUCAAAUGCCACAGAGAGGGCAAUGAAAUAUACUCGGUUAACUCUUUAAAUUUCCAUCCUGUACACCACACAUUUGCAACUGCUGGUUCUGACGGUGCUUUUAAUUUUUGGGACAAGGAUAGUAAACAGAGGCUUAAGGUCAUGUUAAGAUGCAACCAACCUAUUCCUUGCAGUACCUUCAACAAUGAUGGUUCAAUAUUUGCUUAUGCAGUCUGCUAUGACUGGAGUAAAGGGGCAGAAAAUUAUAAUCCCGCAACAGCAAAGACCAACAUUUUCCUACACUUGCCACAGGAGUCUGAAGUUAAGGGCAAACCGCGCAUUGGUGCUACUGGUAGAAAAUAGAGAUGCUGCUGCUCUGGGAUACUUUUAUGUAUAUAGUUGGCUAAUACUGGUAUAUCAUGGAGGCAAGGUAUUUGUUGAUAUCAAAAUAUGGAAGUUCAAUGGGCUGUACAUACUUGGAAGAAAUUAUCGACUAAUGCUUAGUGAAAUUUUCUGUGCGUACUCUUUCA